AUGGUAUAUGUGGGUCCAACGAUCCCAUGGCAGCGAUUCAUCUGGCAGAAACACAACGAAAUGCGCUGGAAUCUCCUUCGAGCGGUGAUGAAUCAUUCAAGGCUCAACCCGGGAAUGCCAGUAACGCAACCACCCCAAGCCCAAGCUACGUCUGCAACGACAUCUCCCGAGUGCGGAUGUGUCUAUGGCCGUAGAACAAGGCCCCAUCAUCGACGCUUCUGUGCCAUCGUCGACACCACCCGUAGAACAGGAUCCCGUCAACGAACCACACUCCGCACACUCAUGAUUACCGAAUUUCAGCGCUACUUACGCCAUCGGGGUCACUCGCGGCGGGCGGAUUUGGUCGAUGAAUUGCUCCUUAUUCAGCCAGAUGAGGAGUCAGAUGUAGGACGACUGCGGCAGUUGAUAGAAGAUGAGGAUCAGCGGCAAGAGCAGCGGAGGCGAGAUGGUUUGGAUGAGGAUGAGGAGGCUUCGGGGGAGUAUCGGCCGGAUUUUCCAUUGCAGUAA